AACAAGUUCACUUAUGAGUAAGAGACAGAAUGAACUCGAUUCAGUUGCUUCCCAUUGAACUAUUACUUUACUCGGGCUCAAAUUCAAUCAGACCAUUGUCCUGAACUGUAAUCUGCGGAUAAGAAAUGUUGGGUUGACGAACUAUUGCUCAAGAUUGAAUCAUGCUGAUGACAAGAGGGCUUUGUUGUGUCACUGACCCUACGCACAAACAUAAGGCAGACCUUUACAGCAAUGUGUUGUUGCUCUUCGUUCAUAUUGGCAAGCAACCAAGAAACAGCAUGUCAUCCUCUAGCAAGCAAGCGUCUCCAAAGACAAAGACAGGUGGAAAGUCAUCGUCCUCCUUGUCAGAGGUGCGAUUGGUUCUGCUGGGGAAAACCGGCAGUGGAAAAAGCUCCACUGCCAACUUUAUCCUGGGCCGUAGACACUUUGAUGCCAAAGUCAGCAGCUGUUCGAUCACCCAGCGGUCUCGGAGGGCCUGCGGAGAAGUCUGCGGAAAGCACCUGGUGCUCUUGGACACUCCGGGAAUUCUGGACACAUCCCAGACUCUGAAGGAGGUGCAGAGAGAGUUAAGGAAGUCUGUUAGUCUCCUCUUCCCGGGGCCACAUGUCUUUCUCCUCAUCAUUCGGAUCUCGCGGUUCACUCAGGAGGAGAAAGAGGCGGUGCACCAGUUCAAACAGGUCCUUGGUCCUCAUGCUCUACGAUUGUCCAUUGUGGUUUUUACACAUGGAGACUGCCUGGAAGAUCCAGGUUCAGUGAAGCAGUGUAUGAUAGACAUGUGCCCAUAUCUGGAGGAACUGGUGACAGAAUGUGGCGGGAGGUACUGUGUCUUCAACAACCAGAGCUCCGGGAGCAAGGAGCAGGUAACUGAGCUGCUUGCCAUUGUGGACCGCAUGAUGAAGGAUAACGGCGGAACUUGCUACACCAGCAAGAUGCUUCAGAGUUCCGAGGAGGAUUUGGCCUGCGUGCAGCAGGAAGAGCGGCGUUUGCUGGGUCGCAAAGAGAAGCAGCAAAAAAAGAAGCAUGUGGAAGAAAUGAAAGUGAGGUAUGAAAAAGAUCUUGAGAAUCUUCAGCACAGGGAAAGGGGGGUGGAGGAGCUGAAGAAACAAUUCGAGCUGGAGAACGAGGACGAGAAACGGAUAGGUUUCGAGGGGAAAGAGAUUCAGGAGAUGCCAAUCCAAAUGGAGGAGGAGGAGAGGAGAGACGCUCCCCAAGACGGUUUGGAACCAGUUACCAACAUACUUGUGGAAGCAGCAGUGAGGGAGAAGAAUCUAAGACAUGAUAUGAAAGCGAUGACAAAAAUACAUCAUGGGGAAAAUGAAAGGAAAGAAAUGGAUAUCAGACAGAUAGAAGAAAUGAAGAGAGAAACUUUGCAAAGGCAGCUGGAUCAACUCUUCCAAAGUUUGGAGGAGAGGAGCAAGGAGCAAAGGGAGCGGAAGAAGCAAAUGGAGGAUUUGCUCAAACGCCAGGGAGGGGACGAAUGGGCGACACAAAUGGAAAAACUCAGAGCGGACAAAAUAAAUAUAGAAUCCCUCAUGCAGCAGCUCAAACUCCUCAAGGUGAAGACCGAUGAAUAUAUUCGCCAGGAAGCGAACGUCAAGAGGCCGUUGGGAGGGAGUGAGAGAGAAGAAUGUUCCGUGUGUUCUUCACUGCUGAGCAACGUGACAAUCAAGAAAAAAAGUGAGUCGCAGCACAGCACUGUGAUGCAUGUGACUGGAUUUGUACAGGAAAUGGGACUAAUGGGGCUCAACGCAUCUUUGCAGCUUGCCAGGAAUUCAUGUUCUGUGCAGUAACUAAUUCAUACCUCUACUAACAAGUAAUUCUUCAACAGUUCAUAAAUUCAGCAACUUCCUGUGUGUACUUUUUGAUCUAGAAAACGGAAUGAUUGUUGUUGAUUGAAAACAUUUGAUCAGUAUCCACACACUGAUGAAGUCAUCAAAAUGAUCUUAAAAAAAAAAAAAUAAAAAAUCAAUAAAAAAAGAUUUUUUCAAAAAUC